ACUAAACUACCACCUAGCUAAAUUUUCACUCUCCUCCUCCUCCUCUUCGGCCGCCACCACUGCAAUCACCGCCAUCAAAUCCAUUGGCCUUCCACCUCAAUAGCCACACAAUGCACAUUGGUUUCAGAAUUUGGUCUUUACUACUUUUACUUAUCAUUUUGCAUCCCAUUCGGAUCUAUGCUCAAGAAGUUGAGGAUGAGAGAGAGUUCGACUACAUAAAAGGAAGCAGAAAAGGACCCUUAAAAUGGGGUGAGCUACACAAAGAAUGGUAUGCUUGUAACAAUGGUAAAAUGCAGUCUCCGAUUGACUUGUCGAAUAAAAGAGUUGAUAUCAUUCACAAAUCUAACAAGUUGGCAAGAAGCUACAAGCCAUGCAUCGCGAUUAUAGCUAAUCGUGGACACGAUAUAGCGGUUCAUUGGGAGAGCAAUGCUGGCUCGAUCGAAAUAAAUGGGACGGUUUUCUCACUAAUACAAGCCCAUUGGCACUCACCUUCCGAGCACACCAUCAAUGGUAGAAGGUACUCUUUGGAAUUACACAUGGUUCAUAAGACCACAGACCCGACUUCCAAACACAAGAUUGCAGUCAUUGGUGUCCUCUACAAGAUUGGAAAACCAAACCCUUUUCUUACCAAGUUGAUUCCAAAUAUAACAUCGUUGGUGAAAGAAGAUAAAGAACAUGGACACCCGGGGGUGAUUGAUCCUAGAGAAAUCCAAAUGAGUUGCAGAAGAUACUACAACUAUAUUGGAUCACUCACUGUUCCUCCAUGUACUGAAGGUGUCGUUUGGACAAUCAGCAAAAAGGUGAGGACAGUAUCACUUGAUCAAGUUAAAUUGUUACGUGAUGCUGUUCAUGAUGCAACAUGCACAAAAAAAUUCAAGACCACUGCAGCCAAAUCGUCACAGAGACAUCCAGUUGAUUGGUCCAUGAGAAAGCAACUAAGAGCAAUUUCUGAUUUUGAAUAAUUACUUUUUUAUUUAUGUUUAUACGAAUGUUAUUGUAUUUGUAAUACCCAAUAUCUUGAAAAUAUAAUAAAAUGUGAGUUUCAAUUGAUGAAAGU